GAGCUGAUGUAGUGUUGGAAAGUACGCUGCUUGAUGUGCGAUUACACGUCCAGACCGCCAACGAUUAACAUUCCUAACUGCUGGGUCGGUACGUGUGGGCGGCCUUUCCACCCAAUACGAUUGUCAAAUUGCAGGAAAAAGAAGUCGUUGUCAGCAAUAAAGAGACGCCCACAAAUUAUUGAAUCCUUUUCAUUUGACGGCUAACGCAGCGCCGACCAGUAGCCAAGGUGGAAGAAUAUGACCUCACGUAAGCGCAGUGGCAGUUCGUCGAAGCGACCUAAGGGAAAAGUCGUCUACAUUUAUGAGCUAUUUUUCCGAGGCGAGGAUCCCACAGAUGGAUCGCCAGAGUUUUGGAAUGAGUUCUUUCUCCUGCAGCCGAAUGUGGAGUCGCUGGACAAUGAAAUCAUGAAACUCAAUAGCGAGCAACUGCAGUUGGUUAAAGGCAAUUUAAAUACCUUGUUUCAAAAAUGCAUCGAAAUGUUAAACACUGAGGAUCAUCCAAAGCGUUUGUGUAACAGUUUGCAGACGUUGUGCUCGCUCUUCUAUGCAAUUUUUAAAAAGUCCAACACGGAUGGCACUUUCAACAUACUUAGCGACAUCUUCGGCUACGAGAAAAUGGAUGAAUGGCUGAAAUUGCUGAUGCAGUAUUGCAAUCGCAUUUUACUGGGCGAUGUCUCGGAAAAUGCGCGUUUCAUGUGCCUUAAACUGUUGCUUGUGCUUGUGACGGGCACAGACAAUGUCAGCCAGAAUGUGCUGCUCGAGUAUUUGAUGAUGCACAGUCUGUUUGAUGCCUUUGUACGGCUAUUAAGUGAUCCAUCAUUUCGGUCCCAUGGCCACGAUGUCGUUAUAUUGCUGACGAUGUUAGUGAAUUAUCGCAAGCAUGAAGCGACUAAUCCCUAUGUGGUACAACUAUCCAUUCUGGCCGAUGAAUUGGCAUUGAAUGGCUACGGUCAAAUGAUAUCGCAAUCGCUGAUCGACUUCUGCCGCCAGUACAUGCAGAGUCUUAACAAUGUGCAAUCAUCCUCUUGGUUCUCGUCCUUGUCGAACAUUGUGGGAAACAUGUUUGUCUCCGACGAGGGCUGCGAGCGAGUGCAGCAGAUCAAGGCUAAUAAUGGUCUGCUGCUGGCGCUCUAUGAAGCUGUGCAUUUAAACCGCAACUUUAUUACUACUCUGGCACACACUCAGGCUGAAUCAUCCAGCGCACCUCCAUCGCCUAGUAACACAUUAAGUCUGACCCAGCCUGUGCCUGAUUUGGCCAAUGCGCCGAUUAUAGAUAUGACUCAGUACCCGACAAAUCUGCUGGUGGCUGUGUUUCAAUACUGCUCGAUUGUCAUGCAGGAUAACAAGAACGAGUCGAGCAUAGCGAACUUAAAACUUUGUUUUCUCAUACUAACAUGCAUAUCGGAGGAUCAGUACGCCAACUCCAUGAUGCACGAUAGCAAUCUUACCUUCAAGGUAAUGCUGCACCGAGCCCAGAUGCGGCAUAGAAAGCUAAAUGUGGAUCGUGUCGGCAAAUCACAGCCGUUAGCGGCAACGCUGCUGGAUCUGCUCGUGGAGUUCAUUGUAUCGCAUUUAAUGAAGAAAUUCCCUAUGGAACUUUAUCUGCUCUGUAUUGGCGUCAUACAUCGUAUCCUGUGCUAUCAAAAACGCUGCCGCGUACGACUGAAUUAUCCUUGGAAGGAGCUUUGGUCGGCGCUCAUCACACUUCUGCGAUUUCUGGUCAAUCAAGAGCAGACGCUAGUCAAGAAGAGCAAUAUAUUCCAUUUGGCCCUGCAGGUGGUGAACAUUUUCAAUCUUUUCAUUACGUACGGCGACACAUUCCUUGCCACAACAAAUAGCUAUGACGAACUAUACUAUGAGUUGAAUCGUGAGGAGAAAGUCUUCACAGAGAUUCAUGCUAUGGUAUUGCGCUAUACAACGAUUCCGGAAUGUGAGCACAAAGACGAUGUUAUAAAGCUGUUGAAUGCUUUGGUAAACAUAUUAGCCAUUGUCAAGCAUUUUCAAAAUAAAAUCAAGGAAUGGCUGGCGGAGCAAGGACUCUCUACGCCGACAGAGGAACAAAUACUUGAUGUUGUUCGAAAGAACUAUGACCUGACACUUAAAUUGCAAGACUCGCUGGAUCAGUACGAACGAUAUGCUGAGGCGCCAUAUCACAGCAAUUUCUUUAAGGCCAUGGUGCGCGAUGUUGUGGCUGAUACCCGCAAACAUAUUUAUGGCUAUGUGAAGGAAGCGGUCUCAAUACCUGAGCAGGAGGUCCUGCUGACGACCUCAACCGCCGCCUCGCCCACUUAGUUCCGCCAGACUGCCUGCUUAACGGUUACUUUUUGUAUAAUUCUAUAAAUAUUCACUUUUAACACAAUUGAUAAAGUGUUUUAUUUUUGUUGUACAAUGUGUUUGCUUUGCAGUCGCAAAUAGAAUCCUUAUUUUUGAAAUAAAUUAUUUACAAAUGUU